AUGCGUGGACACUGGUAUAGCCUCUGCAUCUUGGUGCCUGCUUUGAGCGUGGCUUUCACAGCCUCCUCGGCCAAUGCCGCUCCACCUGUGACAGUUUCGCCUUAUUCGGACGCACCCGACGCCUCGGACGUGCUUAUUGUCGAUAACCACUCGCUCGUCAAGAGAGACGGUCAUGGUCAUGGUCACGACCCCCAUGCUGCCCCGAAAACCGAAAUUAACGAAACGGAAUUUCUUAUGUACCACCCGCCGACGCCCCCCUCGUAUUGGUCCACAGAUUUCGAUGACACGGAGUCGGACGAGCCGCAUUACCCCGGGUUGAUGGGGCUGCACAUUUUAUUCAUGUCACUCGCCUUCUUCGGGGCUCUUCCAGCGGGUAUCGCGUUAAGAUCUGUUAAGCACGCAUGGCACGGCUUCACCGUAAUACUGUUCUGGGUAUUAUGCAUACUGGGUGUUGCGUCGAACGCUCUGUAUAAGAAGUUAACACCGGACUUGUACGAAGGUCAGAAACAUUCCAUCCAGGGAUACUUCUUCCUGUUCUUGGCUCUUUGCAUUACCGGCGUCGACAUUUUCCAUGUCGGUGUACGGGCGGUCAACUACAUUCGUUCCAUCCGUUCCGGUUCGGACAAGUUCACCUUCAAGAAACUUUGGACUUCCGUCGUCCUGGGCCAGGAGCCUUCCUCUCCGGCAUUGGGAUCGGAAUACGACGCUCUCGUCGCCGAAGCGGACGAGUAUGAUAUGCAUGACAUGCAGAAGGAGGUCGACGACCACCAGUCGGAUGAAGGACAAGAGAUCGAGCACCAUUCCCGUCACCAAUACUCACCGUCAGCGAGCUCUGAGCAAACCGUCUUCGGCUUCCAUACCCCAGCCGGCUCCAGGCACUCGGAUGAAACACUUCAUGAACUCACUGAAAAGGCUAAGGAGUCGUGGAUGAGCUUCCUUGCCCGCGCAACCUUCGCAGUGUUGGAGCGCGUUCUGGUUUUCGGUGGCUUCAUGCAAGUAUUGAGUGGAAUUGUCGUCUACACCGGUGGAUGCAGGGAGAGCUUUGUGAACAACUGCCUGGCUCAUCUCAUCAAGGGCGGUAUCUUCUGGUGCUACGGUCUCGUCACCUUUGCUCGUUACCUUGGGUCGUUCUCUGAGCUUGGUUGGGCCUGGAACCGUGCGCCGCGCAACGAAGGCAAAUACCCUACUGCCGAAUUCGUGGAAUCACUGGUCAUCUUCCUCUACGGCAUCUCGAACACGUGGAUGGAGCGCUUCGGUGCUAAGCCGGGUGACCCGUACUCCACCAAGCAAGUCCAGCACAUCGGUAUCGCUGUUAUGUUCUGGUACGCCGGUCUCGUUGGUAUGGGCUUGGAAUCACGGAGGAUUAGAGGAUGGCUGGCGGCUGCUUCAACUGCAGCGCUGCACAGCGGUGCUUCGACGAGCUCAGGGCGGCUCGGCGGCAAGCACGAGGCCCAGGAAUCGAUUACGGAGCCGCCGAGCUACACGGCUAGCUUCAAUCCCUUCCCUGCCCUCGUCAUUGGUGUCACUGGGCUGGCCAUGAGCGCUCACUUCCAGACCUACUUGUUCCAGGUGGAGAUCCAUGCGCUUUGGGGAUGGCUGCUUGCUGGCUUCUCUGCUCUCCGCUUUUUAACCUACUUCUUCCUGUGGUUGUCGCCUCCUCGGUCAAUUCUGCCGUCUAGGCCUCCCACUGAGGCUUUGGCGAGCUUCUUCCUUGCCUGCGGAGGCCUGGUGUUUAUGUUCAGCACGGAAGAGGUCACCCUCGCAGCUAUGCGCCGUGGUCGGGAUGACAUGAUGAUGUUCCUCAACGUCGCUGUCGCCAUCACUUGCUUCUGCUUCUGCUGGACGCUGGCGAUUGUUGCGUUCAAGGGAUGGCUGAAAACCAGAGCGCACCCAACUGUGAAGUUCCACGCUUCCGCAUGA